AUGGACGACGUCGCAUCCGAUGCCUUGAGCACCACAGGCCGCGCACCAGAAGGCGAGAUGGCCAGGGACGACGCCGCCAUCGUCGAGAUCUGGCGAACGGCCGUCGAGCGAUACGAGCGCGAUUCUGGGACGGCGCUUGCGGAACAGCUUGACGGAUCCCUCGACGCUUCGUCUUCGAGCUCGAUUGCGACCUUCAUCGAAGAGCGCGCCGCGCGAUUCGCCCAGUUCCGCGCUGAAGGGCACGAGCGGGCGCGCAAAUGGCUGAAGCCGAUCGCUGCUGCUGUUCAGCUGCUUUCUAACUGCUUUGGCGAUGCAGUUACACUUCCCUUCUCGCCUCUGAAGGCCGUAUUCGGCGCGAUCGACGUGGCGAUAAAGCUAUCCAUCGAAGUGACGAAGGACUACGACGCUGCCAUGGAUGCAUUCGAGACCAUCGCAGAUCAUCUCGCGCGCAUCAAGAUCGUCGGCGCCAACGAGACCCUUCGCGAGCCCUCUGUGCGAGUCCUCUCUCAGACGCUCGUCGUCCUCGGGAUCAUCGCGCAGCUCCAGCGAGAUGGGCGCUUCAAGGCGUGGAUCCACAAGUUCAAGCAGUCGCAUGAGCUGACGGAAGCGCUGGCGGACCUGCAGCGUCUGGCAACAAACCAUCACGAGACGCUCUCCGCGGUUACGCUGCUCAGCGUCGAGAAGACGAUGGAUGUCCUUGCGCAUAGCAUGACCUCUAUCCAGCAGGAACAAGACAUGACCCGCACCUGUCUGAUGCGUAUCGCCAAGGUCGCGCAGGAUAUGCACGAGACUAUCAUUGCCCUUGCUUCCACGAACGAACAGCAGAUCCACGACAACCGGGGGACUCUGGAGGACAUCCAGCGCGUCCUACUUGCUUACUCCGACGCGCUUCAGCAAGACAGAGAGGACGGCGAAGUGGAGCGUAUAUUCGAUUGGCUUGGUUUUCCUGACUCCUCGAUCAAGAUCAACAACCUUUUGCGUGACCGCGCGCGCUCUUCCGGCUCUUGGUUCCUGGAUGGCGAAGCGUUCGCCAAGUUCAAGGCGGGGACGACGCGCGUCUUGUGGUUGCACGGUAAAGCGGGGUCGGGGAAGAGUACCAUGAUCGCAGCAGCAGACCGCGAUAUCCAGACCCUUUGCAACACCACCGGCUCUUGCCUGGCCUUGUGCCACGUUUUCGAUGCGACGAACAACGCCAUCGCCAGGGACUUGAGCGUCCUACUGUCCUCUAUUCUCUGCCAGCUCGUCCAUCAUGAGCCUGAAACUGUCGCCUUUCUCUCGCGUGCUCGCAAGCAGCACAUACGCGGGAGGAGACAGCCAUCCCUCGACGAGCUGAAUUACUACACGAAUCAGCUACUCGAUGAAUAUAGCUCACGCGUAUUCAUCACGAUCGACGGUCUGGAUGAGACCGAGGACAUGAAAGUACUACAGUUCCUCCGCAAGCUCCGAGAGCGCGACGACAUAUCCAUCCUCGUCUCCAGCCGGUCGGAGCUCUCGGCUCGAAAGGAGCUUGAGUCGCUAGCUGACGACCAAGUCCUCAUGUCCACGGACGCGGUCACAAGGGACAUCAACAUUCUCCUAGACGAAGCUUUCGCGAAGGAUGGAUCGUUGUCCGGGAUUCGAAACUCUCGUCUUGCGCGUAGCGCCCUCGUAUCGGGCGCCGAUGGAAACUUUCGCUGGGUUGCUCUGCAAGCGCAGCAACUCGCUCUCGUCGCCGCCUUCCCCUUAAAGGUGGUCGAGCGUCUCACAUCUAUGCCUCUCGAUCUUCGCGCCCUCUAUGACGAAGCCCUCGCCAAGAUCGAUGAGCGGGAUCGCGCCGACGUUCGCCGGCUUCUCAUGUGGCUUCUGUUCAGUCGCCAGCCGCUGCUCAAGGAGGAGCUCGCAGAGAUCAUGUCUUUCGACUACUCCCGCCCUGUCCCUGUGUUCUCCCGUCGAUUUCGCCCUACGUCUGCGGACAAGGUCAUCGCCCUCGUCGGGUCGACAUUCUUAUCCAUUGAUGCCAACAGUGGCGACGUCCGCUUUGCGCAUGCUUCCGUCUUGGAGUACCUCCAUGCGCUUCCUUCGUCCUCGCCCUUUUAUAACGACGAAUGCGAUGCGAUGCGCCAGUUUACGGCAGUUUGUGUGAGCUACCUCACCUCAGGUGGUGAUCCCGACGACGGCUGGGCCAACCCCCUACAACGAGGGGGCAGGGUACCGUUGUACGCGCAUGCAGCCGAGAACUGGCUCAGUUAUGCCGCACGGGUUGACUUCCCUGCACAUCCUGAGCUAGCAGUGGCAGUCGCACGAUUCAUGGGAUCGUAUGCAUACGAUCAGGCUCGCCGCAAGCAGAACCGCUUCAUGGCUCCCCUACAACCUCAGUUCGGCUUUCGACUUCUUCAAGAUGGUGUCCAACCCUUACAUGCUGCUUGCGAGCUUCUGUCUUGGAAUCUCGUCGACCUCAUCCUCCGUCGGCUUCAUUCUGACCCCAAUAAGUGGCUUCCUGGAGAAUACCUCCCUUGGGUCCAGAACUCUUCGCGAUCAUGGAAAACCCGGACACCACUCAUGGUCGCGAUCUCCUGCAGUCGGAGAGCCACAGACGACAUCCAUAGCGUGCGGCAGAACAGACGCAGUGUUGUGACCGGGCUAAUUGGAGCAGGCGAGGAUGUCAAUGCCUUCGUUCGUGGACGAACGCCAUUGCAUUACGCUGUUAUCGAGGGUGACAUUGAGAUCGCAGAAAUGCUCCUAGCCGCUGGUGCAAACGUGAAUCAGAAGACUUACGGUCGACUCCGGGAGCUACCUGAGCGUGGCACGCCUGAGUACUACGCAAUACGUAGGAUAGAAUCAUGGGUCCUGGAGGUGGCAAAGGGUCACGGUGAUCUUUGGGAAGUACCGGAGAGCAUGCUUCUCUUCUUCCUCGAUGCUGGCUGUGAGCUACGGCAUGUUUUCGAAGAAGACCUAUGCUCCCCCUUACAUCGAGCUGUGCGACGCGGCGACAUCGAAAUGGUCAAAUUGCUUUUGAAGGCCGGCGCAUUCACGCAUCUGGAGGACGAUGCAGGUGUGACACCGCUCCACGAGGCUGCGGCUAGGGGACUUGACGGGGUGGUCGACGUUCUACUUGCUGCGGGGGCAAGCUGGCGGCUGCGCCAAAAGAGACUGUCUUCGUCCUUGCGCUUGGAAGAUGCAAAUCCUACCCCUCCAGGAAGCAGGAUGCGAGCGUGGGGCCGCGGUCGGAGCUUGUCGUUCCCACCCAUCAGGGGAGUCCAUGACCGAUCCCAGAUCCGCAAUGUAUAUACACUGCGUCCUUUCGCUGCUUCCGGCUUCGGUCGGCAGGUGCAGUCCGAGCGCCUGGGCACCCUGAAGCCGAACCCUGACUUGAACAACUGGUGGGAAAGGGAGGUUGCUGCUUUUGAAUGGGAGAAGAUCAUGCAAAGAUUCAGAGUGGCAUUCGCGAGGGGGUUGCCGACAGGGUCGUAGAUUGAUUGAGAGGCGGGAUUGGAG